UUGAAUAGGACGAAAUGUGUUUUCUUAGCUUCCAAGCUGACCUUCAUUGUUUUGUCGCGUGAUUACUGAGACAAGUUGUGAUUUCUCGGACUUUGAAUUCUUUAGGUUUGUUUUCUUACUAAAUCAGUGCAGUGCUCAGCAAACUUCUCUAAAAAUACAGCACAUUUUUCUCCUAAAUAAUGUCGACACGCGGUAAUUACGCCUUGUCCGACUUUAUAAGACUGGAGAAAAUCGGCGAAGGUAUUCCUAGGUUCUCGUAACCGCCUUGUCUAGGAACAUACGGAGUGGUGUAUAAAUGUAAAAACAAAGUCAACGGUAAAUUUGCUGCACUUAAAAAGAUACGUCUCGAAAAUGACGAAGAGGGUGUUCCUUCGACGGCUAUUCGGGAAAUAUCACUCCUAAAAGAAUUACAACAUCCUAACAUCGUGAAUCUCGAGCAGGUAAUCAUGGAGAAUGGAAGACUAUACUUAGUUUUUGAGUACCUAAAUUUGGAUUUAAAACGCUACUUGGAUGACAGUGGAAGAAAAAACUUACUCGAACCUGGUAUUGUUAAGAGCUUCAUGUAUCAAAUGCUGCAAGGUCUAUUGUUUUGUCACGGCAGGCGAGUUAUUCACAGGGAUCUAAAGCCCCAAAAUAUCCUGGUUGAUAUUGGAAGAAAAAUUGUCAAACUUGCAGAUUUCGGUUUGGCUCGUGCUUUUGGAAUUCCUGUUCGUGUACUAACUCAUGAGGUUGUUACUUUAUGGUAUCGAGCUCCAGAAAUCUUGCUUGGGGCUCAAAGGUAUUCUUGUGCCGUAGAUAUUUGGUCUAUGGGCUGUAUCUUUUCUGAGGUUUCAACAAAAGAAGCUUUAUUUCGAGGAGAUUCGGAAAUAGAUCAACUUUUUCGCAUUUUCCGGCUCCUUGGUACGCCAUCAGAAGAAGUUUGGCCAGGAGUUUCAAGUUUACCGGAAUAUCAAAAGAAAAGUUUUCCUAUUUGGCGCAAUUCAAAGUUGUCUAUUCAAGAUAAUAUAGCUAAAGCCUUCACCAGUCCUGGUCUUGAUUUGCUUCAGGCCAUGCUGAUCUAUGAACCUUCGCGACGUAUUACUGCAAGGGAUGCUCUCUUGCAUCCUUAUUUUUCUGACUUGGACAAAUCUCUUGUGCCAGCAACUGGUGAAGAGUACAUUGGUUUGCCAUUAGACCAGUUACCCCGUGAAGUUGCUGCUAUAUUUCUAGCAGAUGGCGGUGAAGUAUACCAUAAUUCCAACGAUACAGAAAAUAAUACUAGCAAUUUAUGUAUCGCCGUCCAACCUGAUACCGUACAAUUGGGAAGUGCAGCAAUCCCUACAGCGAAAUAUUUGGCUGACUGCAAAAAGCAAGCGCAUCAAACGGUAGGUGCAGUAAAUUCCAAGUCCAGUCACCAUGUGGCACCGUUGGCAGAUAAUCACGAAACUAAUAUGUCAAUUAGCUAGUCACUAAAACCAGUCAGAAUUUAGCUUCCUCAUUUGCCACAAACCGCCAGUUAUUUUCUAAUUUUGUCAUUAUUAUUCCAUUUUCUAUUACUAUGUAAAUGUUAUCCCGAUUAUAUAAGUUAUUAGUGCGUUUUUGUGUUUGUUUCAUAUUUUUUUGUAAUAAAUAUUGCCUACUUCUAA